AGGCAUUUUGUGUCACUGCGCCCUGGGUCCCGCCCCUCAUCGACAUAGAGUCGCAGAGAUACAACUAGAGGUAUUAAAACCAGUUUUCUCACCUCUCUCGGAAACCGACCCGGUCAGUCGGACCGGCAAGAAAACCAGGAUAAGCCUCAGGAUUUUAUUCUUCUCCUUCCUUUCUUGACUGGAAUCGCUCCGUGCGCUUGCGGAACUGGAAUUGCUGAGUUAUCUGUAUCUGCAAUAUCCGUACGGCAGUAAAAUUCCGCGCAAGUUUGGGGAUCGCCGGUAAUCAACCGACCGCCGCAGUUCCAGCUGCUUCUUCUUCCCCCAUACUCGUUGGUUCGUCGAUCGCGCGCGCCCAAGUUUCGGGGGUGGUGGAUUCGGCUGAUUUGGGCCUCCGGGGCAUAUGGAGGUGGAUCGCCGCGGGUUGCUGAAGGCGGCUGUUCUGCUGUGCGGCUUGCUCGUGGUUUGCUCCGGGAGAGAACCUUCAAUUAAACACCACCCGUCCACAACCAUAUAUAACUCAACUCUUGCCAAGACACUUGUGGAAUAUGCUUCUGCUAUCUAUACUGCUGAUUUGACACAAUUGUUUACUUGGACAUGUGCUAGAUGCCGUGAUCUGGUCGAGGGAUUUGAGAUGAUACAGAUCGUUGUGGAUGUGGAGAAUUGCUUACAGGCAUAUGUUGGUUUUGCUAGUGAUAUCAAUGCUGUUGUUGUUGUGUUCAGAGGAACUCAAGAGAAUAGCAUCCAGAACUGGAUAGAGGACUUGUUAUGGAAACAACUUGAUCUCGACUACCCUGGCAUGCCUGAAGCAAUGGUACACCGAGGAUUUUAUUCUGCAUAUCAUAACACAACACUGCGCGAUGGAGUUGUCAAUGGUAUUCGAAAGACUAGGAGAUUGUACGGAGAUGUUCCAAUCAUGAUCACAGGACAUUCAAUGGGUGGAGCUAUGGCUUCGUUCUGUGCACUUGAUCUUGUUGCGAAUUAUGGGUUUGAUGGCGUGAGACUAAUGACAUUUGGGCAACCUCGUAUCGGCAAUGCUGCUUUUGCUUCUUAUUUCAAGAGAUACUUGCCUCACGCGAUUCGAGUUACUCAUGCACAUGAUAUUGUCCCUCACUUGCCACCGUACUUCACGUUCUUCCCGCAGAAGACCUACCACCACUUCCCAAGAGAGGUAUGGGUCCACAAUGUCGGGCUUGGGAGCCUGGUAUACUCAGUGGAGCAGAUCUGCGACGACUCUGGCGAAGACCCAACAUGCAGCAGGUCUGUGAGCGGCAACAGCGUGCUAGACCACAUAACCUACCUUGGUGUCAGCAUGCACGCUGAGGCUCCAAGCAGCUGCAGGAUCAUCGGGAACCACGCCACGCUGCGGUACGAGAUGGACCUCCGCGGGAACGUCAUCGUCAUGUCGAGGCGGCGGCAGCACGGCCUGUCCGACGAGCAAAGACACAGUGUGCAGUGAACCCAUGUAAAGAUGUUGCAAGUAUAUGUCACAGUAGUAGUUGCCGUUUCCUCUCUGCAUUGCAUCAGGGAAUGGAUUGGAAAAGACCACGCUGGACUGGCAUGAUGCUUGCUGUAAAUGUUGUUUGGUAGUAAUGUGAA